AUUUUUUCUAUUUGUAAAGUGGAGAUAUAAAUACUGUCUUCUGAAGCAAGUGAGCCAGUCAUAAGUCUAGCCUUCAUAUUCACACCGUGGAGAAAGUGAAGAUGCGGUUCUUAAUCUUUGUUUGCUUGUUAGUAAUCUUCUGCGUGGCUGUGGAACAAUCUAGCGCCCAAUGUUCGCGGGCCUGUCCAUACAACUAUGCCCCCGUCUGCGGAAGAAUUGGUCGUAACACAAGGACAUUCAGCAAUGAAUGUGAAUUCAAUAGUGUCAACUGUCAAAGUGGAGGACGAGGAAAAAUCUUGAAAAGAGGCCAAUGCUAAAUGUAUGUGACUUACGUUCCAAUUGCAUUUGGAAUACUUCAGGUAAACUCGAAAGUGACGAAAAGAAACAAAAAAAUUAAGUUCUUAGGAAUAUGUAUAUAAAUUGUAAAUUCAGAAUUAAGCUAAAUAUAGUUAAUAUUGCAACUUUUGCAUAGUCAUAAUAAAUUUAAUUAAUUACAAAAAAA